AUGCCCACGGAAAGCUUCCUUGCAGCAACGCUGACAACAAACAAAGCUCCAGGAAAUACAAGUGCCGCUCUCAAGGAUGUAGGCAUUUUUCUCUACCAGUAUCAGCCACAGAAUGUCUUCAGUCAUGGAUAUAAAAAGAGCUCGGCUCGACCAGGCUGUGUCGCUAUCAGUGACUCGCACAUUUUUGCGGCGCAAGCAGACAAGGCAGUCAUCAAUGUCUACAGCAGGGAGCGAGGGGAUCAAGAAGUGACAGUCCCGUUCCCAGAGCGAAUACACUGUAUAGCGUACGCUCAAGGAGCUACCAUACUUGUCCUCGGAACGGAAGAGGGGAAGUUGAUACUGUGGGAAGUUGCUACGGGACGUUUGACGACUUCUUCGGCGUCUCAUCUUCAAUCUGUGUCUUCAGUCUGCAUUACGCCCAAUAAUGAUUAUAUCAUCUCUGGCUCUGCUGAUACCAGUAUUCAUAUUUGGUCAUUGCCAAAGCUCGUCUCAUUUUCUCAGAACUCAGAUGCGUAUGAAGAUGGUGAGCCAUCGAAUGUCCCCGUCCGCACAUUUACUGCACAUCGAACAGCCAUCAGUACCAUUGCUUGCGGUCAUUCCAGGAGUAAUACAAACUUUGCUGUAUCUGCCUCGGAUGAUGGAACCUGUUUUCUUUGGCAUAUUGAUACAUGUCAAACUCUAAGGACAAUCUUAUUACCUACCAAUGCCAUCUCCAUCGCCAUGGAUCCUGCUGAUCGUGCACUUUAUUUCGGUGGACAGGACGGGCAUAUUUACUCUUGGGACAUGCUUCAACACUCUGUUAAUAGCAUAACCAAGUCUACCGGCUCGUCGACAAUUCAAAUCACGAGCAAGGAUCGGUGGACAGCGCCGUCAUCCGAGCUUGGCACUACCAAUUGCUUGACACUAUCGUAUGAUGGCACAGCACUGCUAUCGGGCCAUUUGAGUGGCAACCUAGUGCGCUGGGAUGUUGCCAAGCACAGAAUUCAGAAUGAAUUGAUUAAUCUUGGGCAACCGGUAACUUUCAUCGAAAUGUUGAAGCUCGAUGGUCUUCAAUCGAGGAAGACACCAGGCUUUAAAUUCACCAACGUGGUCAAACCAAACCUCGAGUUUGCAUCCCUUCAGGAGAAUGGUACAAUAGGGAUCCCUUCAAAAUAUAAUUUCCACGCAAUGAUAGCACCUGCUCAAGCGCGAGCCAGCCAGAGUGAUGUUUACCAGGCACUAACGGGGCCGGGUUUUCCACAGUCUAUGAUUGACGAUGCUCUUCGUGCCCUUGUCACUGGCUCUGCAACAACUAAUGCACUACCAGCAGAUGCAACCGCUGAAUUCAAGGCAGAGAAACUUGCCGAUGAAGUUGUUUUCCUAAAGCAACAACUUGCAUCCCUUAACGAACUCGAGGAGAAACGGAAGACGAGAAGAAUUGAGAAGAUCGACAAGCGGGAGGAACUGGGAAGGAAGAAACGCGAAGCAUACUUUGAGGCGAAGAAAAAAGGGAAAGAUGGCGAGUUGGCAAUGAAAAGGUGGGAAGCAAAAGAAGCAGCCCUUGAUGACGAAAGUGACAAUGGAGACGGCGGCGACCGUAUGAUUACCGACUGA